CUCCAGCUAUAAAACCCUCCCAGGAUGAGACCAGUGUCCUGCCCUGAGCUGGACAGUACCUCCUUCCUCUGUGCCAGGACGCCGUCAGGACAGGCAGCAGACGAGCCUCCAAAAUGAACGACAUCUACAAGGCAGCGGUUGAGCAGCUGACAGACGAACAGAAAAAUGAGUUCAAGGCCGCCUUUGACAUCUUCGUACAAGAUGCAGAGGACGGCUGCAUCAGCACCAAGGAGCUGGGGAAGGUGAUGAGGAUGCUGGGCCAGAACCCUACACCAGAGGAGCUGCAGGAGAUGAUUGACGAGGUGGAUGAAGACGGGAGCGGCACGGUGGACUUUGACGAGUUCCUGGUCAUGAUGGUGAGGUGCAUGAAGGACGACAGCAAAGGGAAGUCAGAGGAGGAACUCGCAGAGCUGUUUCGCAUGUUUGACAAGAACGCAGAUGGUUACAUUGACCUGGACGAGCUGAAAAUGAUGCUGGAAUCUACAGGAGAGGCGAUAACUGAGGACGACAUCGAGGAGCUGAUGAAAGACGGGGACAAGAACAACGACGGCAAAAUUGAUUAUGAUGAGUUCUUGGAGUUCAUGAAAGGAGUGGAGUAAUACUGAACACGAGAAGAUCCACGGUGUUAUUUUUGUAUUUCUCUGUGACUCCUCUGUGGAAAACUGGAAGAUGAUUUGGAUGCCAUUGAUAGAAUUAAUGGAACGACUUUGCAAGAUUCAGUUCAAUACUGUAGCUGAAUGUUUCUGUAUUUUUCUACCAUCUCUUGCAUUGUUGUAAAUACAAUUUGUAACUACAUUUGGUGCCCAUGUAUACUGAAUUUAUGUAAAUGUAUCCAAAUUACUUAUAUCUUCUAUAGAGGCCACAUAGUAUACCAGUUUGGCUGCUUGAAAUAUCAACUUUGUGUUUGUUUCUGACUAAAUCUUAUCUCUCAAGUGCCACAGCCAGUUUACAAAUCUUCUUACUGAGAGGCUGAUUUUGUUUAGCUGGGCAGAAAAUGUAUGUGUGCACAAAGCAGAACAUAUCCACGAGACAACAUAGUUUUACACCGGGCUCUGGUAGACUAAUCAUAGCAGCACAGAGCAAUGUACUGGAUCCAGUCUGUAUACUGUACAUGUUCUGAUGUGCACAUUGUAUACAUUUCUGUAUGUUUUAAGAUUCCCUCAGGACUUUUUAUUCCCCUCUCUUGCCCGUGAAAUGCCUGCAUAUUUCUACAUGAAAAGUCUGCUUGGAAUGUGCACUCAUGUAAUAAACAAGAUGCAUUUGUCAGAGAAGUUUUUUUGUCAAUUUUAGAUUUUUUUUUAAUAAUCUAUUUUCAAUUUUCUCAUAAUAUUCAGUUUAAGAAUAGAGUUGAGAUUCUUGAGAAGUGUUUGCCUUGAUGAGUCCUGCAGACAUGUUAUCCUGUCCUUGGGACAGUGCUUUUACUAGUUUUUUUUAAAUCUUUUUUUUUUUUUUUUUUUUUAGAAACAGUGGCCAAAACAUUGUAAUUUCAGUGUAUCUUAAUAUUUUGAAAACUCUGAGACUAAAUUGGCAGUUGUUAUUGAGAAGCAAACAUCACAUAUUUUACUAUCUCAUUCCUGAUUUGCUUUGCUGGUCUUUGGAUUUUACAGGCUGAUCACAUGCUGGCCUCCCUGCCCUGCCCUGCCCUGCUGUUCACACAGCAAAUAAACAAGCAAAAACAAAACAAGAUA